AUGAAUAAACAACUGUUUAUUUUUUGUUUAUCUACACAUCUUAUCAGUCAUUCAUCAUCAUCAUCAUCAUCAUCAUCAUCAUCAUCAUCAUCAUCAUCAUCAUCAUCAUCAUCAUCAUCAUCAUCAUCAUCAUCAUCAUCAUCAUCAUCAUCAUCAUCAUCAUCAUCAUCAUCAUCAUCAUCAUCAUCAUCAUCAUCAUCAUCAUCAUCAUCAUCAUCAUCAUCAUCAUCAUCAUCAUCAUCAUCAUCAUCAUCAUCAUCAUCAUCAUCAUCAUCAUCAUCAUCAUCAUCAUCAUCAUCAUCAUCAUCAUCAUCAUCAUCAUCAUCAUCAUCAUCAUCAUCAUCAUCAUCAUCAUCAUCAUCAUCAUCAUCAUCAUCAUCAUCAUCAUCAUCAUCAUCAUCAUCAUCAUCAUCAUCAUCAUCAUCAUCAUCAUCAUCAUCAUCAUCAUCAUCAUCAUCAUCAUCAUCAUCAUCAUCAUCAUCAUCAUCAUCAUCAUCAUCUUCUUCUUCUUCUUCUUAUUAUUAUUAUUAUUAUUAUUAUUAUUAUUAUUAUCACACCUGCUAA